AUGCAGCACUAUACUAGCUGGGCUCUGGACGAUCUUGCCGCAGAGACCAAGGAUCCACAGAGUAGCGAGCUUUUAAGCAAAAUAGAAGAGGAAUGUCCAAUACGUGCCCUUUAUCGGUUCCAGCUCUGUUGUAACUUGUCCGGGGUGGAUUGCCACAAAUUUAUUCAGAAACAGAGACUGAGCCUCGGCUCUGGGGAGAUCGGGGUGACAUUCUUAUGCUUAUUCGAGCCUAGAGAGGUCGAAGAGAUCUCCUGUAUCUAUACCUUCGCCAAGGAAAGAUAUAACCAGAUAUUCAACGACAUCUGUUGGGAUAUCCGUGAAGAGAACCCGAACCUUGAAGGACAACGGCCGCGCACCCCUGAAGGAGCAUUUGAGCUAGAUAGCAGCGGUUAG